GCAGAAGGAGGCCUAAAGUUACCUCAGACGACACACCCAACCAACCAACCAACGGGCCUUCAGGGCUUCUGAGGCAGAAAGCUGCGCGGAGCGGAGGCCGCCUGCCCUUGUCGAGGCAGCUUCUCUCCCUGACAGAAAGCCCGGCGAGCUCGGGCCGUUUCCGAGUCCGGAGCCCCUCAGCUCCGCUCCGCUUCCUCAGCCCUGAAACGACGUGUCUCCGGCUCGCUCCGCCUCCUGCCACGGUGUCCGUUAUUGGGGGGGGGGGGGGGCGCGGGGCCUACAGAGCCGAGACGCGCAGGCGCCGGGAGGCCGGGGGCGCGCGCCUGUCUCUUCAGUCGCGGCCGCUGAGGGGAAGAGGAGAUGGGCCGCCUCGCCGCCCUUUCGCCUUGGCUGGUCGCGGCCGCGUGCCUCGUCCUGCUGGCGUUCAUCUGGGGGGCCGAGGGCUUCAAGAAGAGAGGACCCGCCGUGACCGCCAAGGUGACUAUGGCUGGGUGGUCGUCCUGCCCCUCUCCCUCCCCUCUUUCCUUGGCUUGAGGUCAACGUCUGUCCACGCUGGCCUCCUCGGGGUUUCCCAAACUCGGCUCUCCAGCUGUGGGUUUUUGUUUUUUUUACUACAACUCCCGUCAUCCCUGACCACUGGUCUUGCUAGCUAGGGAUGAUGGGAGUUGUAGUCCGAAAAAACCCCCAAACGCAGCUGGAGAGCCAAAGGGUCGCUGUGGCACAAGAAGCCCUGCCAGAAAAAUGCUGGACACCACCUAGGCAUGCAGGUGUGCUUGUAAUAAUGCCAGGAAAUUGCUUUUCCUCUCUAUUUUCUGGGUGCGUGCUUGAUGAAUAACCAAGCUUUUUGGGGGGCAGUGCUGGAGGCAAAUGAGGACACCAUCAUCAUCAUUAUUGUUGUUAUUGUUAUUAUUAAUUGAAUUUAUAUACCCGCAGGUCUCAGGGCAGUUCACAGGAUAAAAUCAGAUGCUCCCAUGUUGGGUGAAAUUUAUGUUUUACAUGCGUAAUAGUUCCUGCAUAUCGUAUGAGAGCCACAGGCUGGACACAAGCCUAUGACCGUUCAGUAAACUUGCAUCUUAUGCGCGUUUAACGUGUGCACAUUCAGCAUUCGGGCCCAUGUAAUUUAGGUAGUCACCCACCCACAGUAGACUGCUUUCCAAGAUGAAUGUAUUGUUUGCACAUAUCUUGUUCCCUACACUUUAUGUUGUUUAAUCCACGGUGUGGCCAAUAUAUUCUUAUGCAGUAGACUUUUGCUUGUACAACUCUUAAGGUAGAGCUAGGCAUCGACAAGAAAUGGGGAGUGGCAUUCUAAUAUUGAGAUGCGAUGGGGACUUUGUGGCCCUCCAGACGUUGCCGGAUGACAGCUCUGAUCCACCCUAUUGGCUUUGCUGGCUAGGGCUGAAGGGAGUUGGAGACCAACCACAUCUGAAUGGCCGCAGGUUCCUCAUCCCUCUUCUAUUGGAUGCAACUGCUCUGUGAUUUCUCCAUUGCUACUACUGAUACCCAGUGAGGUGAGGUGGUGAAAUGCACAGAGCAACUGUGUAUUGUUGGUGUGAGGACUUCAACUUGCGUAGUGGGGGUUCUCCCAAUCCCCUCCAUACCCUUUGCAUCUCCACAAUUAUCUUGGGGUGGUGAUAUUGGGAGCGUCCCCAGAACAGCUUGCAGAGGGCGGAAAUGGUGGGGGGUCAUGGUGAGGUUUUUUUAAAAAGAAAAUUCUGUAGAUGUACAGUGGUACCUCGGGUUACAUAUGCUUUAGGUUACAGACUCCGCUAGCCCAGAAAUAGUACCUCAGGUUAAGAACUUUGCUUCAGGAUGAGAACAGAAAGCUUGCUCCGGCAGCGCGGCGGCAGCUGGAGACCCCAUUAGCUAAAGUGAUGCUUCAGGUUAAGAACAGUUUCAGGUAAAGACGGACCUCUGGAACGUAUUAAGUACUUAACCCGAGGUACCACUGUACAUCUCUUGUAAGGUAGGGAUGUGUACUUUAGGCAACUGGAAUAUACAUUGGAUUUUGUGGAAAAAUCCUGGUCUGCAGCUGCUCCUCAGUUAGUGAGCAAAAGAGAGCAAAAGCCAAGUGCAUUCUAGCAUUUGACAAUCUACAGACCUUGGUGAGGGCUUUAAUUCCUUCAUAGUAGUAGUCAUUACAAGAUAUGGCGAGUUUCAGCAGAUAUCCCGAUCAGCACCAAUUGAUGAGAAACCCAGAUUUUUGCUUUUAAAUGGUCAUUUAAGAGUAAAGCAAGGAAAGAUUAAUGGGUAUUUUUUAUGCUUCCUUCUAAUAUAACUUAAUGUGUAUGCUUCUUCGGCAGCAUAUGCAAUCAAUUUGGCAGUAUUUAACCAUCUGUGGUAGUGAGCUCAGGGGCCCCUACCUCUGACCCCCAUUUUUGAAAGAUGUUUUUCUCCUGAAAGCUGGAUCAUCUCACUGCUUUGCCACCUCUCCCUUGUGUUCUGUUUUCCUGACAUGUUCUCUUCUUGAAGAAGUGCAUUAGAGAACAGGUACUAUGACAUCAGCCUAGUAUAAAUUGUGCCGUAAAAGCUGUAAAAGAUUGACAUUCUGGUAUCAAUUAACACAGAUAAUUCAUCUCAAUUUAAUAUUCCUCUGUGUUUUGCUUCCAAGGCAAUAGAUAGUCAUUGAAGCUUGAAUCCAGAUCUGUGCAUCAUUUUAUAAGUAAUAAUAAAACAUUCUUAGAAAUGGAUAAAAUGGAUUUGGUCAGUGGGUGGAGAACUUUUAGCCCUCCAGAUGUUGGCAUACAACUCCCAUUCUGACCAUUGACUGUACUGACAAUGAGCUGAUGGGAAUUGGAGUCCAGCAAUAUCUGUAGAAUCACAGGUUUCCAUCCCUGGAUGAGGCAAAAGGAAGAAUUUGAGAACGAGUUGAAUAGACCUCAUGGGACACUCACAAUACUCUUGAAACUGGUUGCUUCCCUCCCCUUUCAUAAUGAAUGGCUGUCUCAUUAAAAUUUCUUUAAUAAGAGGAUCAAUAACACAGUGGGGGUCAGAUAAACAGGAAAGAGAAGGCGAUAUGAAGACAACUGAACACAAUAAAAUGAAUACAGUAAAACAAUCUCUUUUGAACAGGUACUUAGAUCUUCCUCUUUUUACCUGUGUUGGGUUGGUUGAAAGGGCUUUAGGGCUAAACUAGGUAUGAUGCUAAAUGCAUCACUUGCUAUUGUGUCUUUAAUUUUUCCACCAUUGCUAAAAGCAGUGCAAAAUUCAGUAACUUAAGAGAGCUUCUGCAGCCUAUUGAUAACACAAAGGAAUACCCAGAUUUAUUUAUUUUUUAAAUCUCAUUGGUAUUGUGUGUUUUCUUAAGCUUUUAUCCCUUUCUGAAACAUGACACUUCAUGCAUUCUGUACGUCGUGAAAAAUCACGUCCACCUGACCUAAUAUUAUCACAGUCACUCCCUCUAAUCGCAAACUGAGAUGGUUGAGUGUUGAAUCAACACUAGGAAGAGCUCAAAAAGGAUUGACCAUGCUCCAAAACCACAAAAUGUUGAAUGCUGGAUAAUAAAAAGAUAAAACCAUGGAGGGAGGAAUGGCCUAAUUGAGCUCGUUAUAGCUUAUCACGAAGCUGGAAACCUGAAUAGGGAUAUACUUUGUUUAAGGUCCUACUAGUACACUUGUAUUUCUGAAUUCUCAAUUCCAUCUGACAUUUCCUUUCACUUGCCUCCUAUGAGAGAUUUGAAUAUCUCCAUAACCAGCUGAAUAAAAUAAGUUUUCUGGAUAUACCUUGAUAUUUCAUAUCUUAGCUGAUGUUUCUUCUAUAUUCAGAGAAGGUUGAAAUGAUUAUAUGGAAGAAAGCAUCUGGCUUGCAUGUAUAAACUGGGCCUUCACUUCCUAUUUGUCCGAAUUAGUGCCACCAAUGUAACAGUUUGCAUUCUGUUUCUUGAACUUUUAGAGGGAGAUAAAGCUCCCAGGAAUUGCCUGUUUAAUAAUAUUGUAGCUUUUUAAAAGCAAUAUUGAAAAUAGUGAAAGUGAAGAAUUACUAUGCAGAAAUGCAUUUUAUAAAAAUGCUAUGUACAUUGUUUGAUUGAUUACGUAAUCAGAAUGGGGAAGGUGAUACUUUGCUGAUGCUCCCCCCCCCAAUUUGCUCCACAGAUCAGCAUGGGAGGGGACCCAGAGGGCUAUGGGGGCAAGGUGGAAUUGGCAAAAAGUCCCCUCCCCACUUCCCCUUCCUCCCAUGAAUGGAAGGGCACCUUUGGAUCCUACAAGACUUAUUUCUUGCAUUAAUGAUAUUCUGUGGUUUUCAAUGAUUGCUUUUAUUUUUUUGGAAAUUUGUAGGUAUUCUUUGAUAUACAGAUAGGCGGCAAAGAUGCUGGCAGAAUUGUAAUUGGAUUGUUUGGAAAAGUAGUACCAAAGACGGUGGAAAACUUCGUUAAACUAGCAACUGGAGAAGUAAGAACUUUUAAAAAAAUGUUUUGUACAUGCAUUUUAGUGAAAAGACAAAUGCACAGAGUUUUCUUUGUGUGUGUGUGUGUGUGUGUGUGUGUGUGUGUGUGUGUGUGUGCGUGCACACAUAUUCAUGUGGUGCAGCCUGGCAAAUACUCCAUCACAUUCUAGUGAGGUUGAAAUCAGUAGCCUCGGCCCUCCUCUUCAGUUUACAGCUGGGGCAGGAAUUGGCCUCCCGAGUUCUGCUGCAACCAGAAGCGUAGUUAAACUGCGAAUGUCUGCACUGCCUAUGCUUCGCUGCUUUGGCUCUGAGACAUGGGAGGCGUUUGAAGUACCUUUUUGCUCAACACUAAAACAGCUUCAACUUUAUGGAGAUAAAGUCAGAGGUUGCUUUGCACUGUGUGUCGGAAGUGCUCAUAGGAACAUAGGAAGAGCUCUGCUGAAUCAGACCAGAGGUCAGCAUUCUUGAUCUCACAAUGGCCAACCAGGUGAUUAUGGGAAGCUGUAAGCAGAACCUGUGUGCAGGAAGGCUCUUGAUUUCCAACAGCUGCUAUACAGAGGCAUACAGCCUCCAACAACAGGGCAUGGCAUCAUGGUUAUUAGCCCUUGAUAGCCCUGUCUUCCAGGAAUUUGUCCAAUCCUCUUUUAAAGUUGGUGGCCGUCACUAUCUUGUGGAAGCAAAUCCCAGCAUUUGUGCUGAGCUCAGAUGUCCAAAACAGCUGCGGGGAUAAUCACUAGCCCACUACUCUAGCCCUAUGGGAGGAGAGUAAAUGGCUAUCUGUAACCUUAUACAAAGUUGGAUUAAGGGAAGGGUAGAGUCCUGAAGACUGGAAGUGUUGGCUUGGUGACAAUGACCAGCCAUAAUCCGUUGAACCCUGUUGUAGUGGUUUCUCUACUUUUUGUUGGGUAAAGGUAAUAUAAAGUUAAAGGACCCCUGGACGGUUAAGUCCAGUCAAAGGUGACUAUGGGGUUGUGGCGCUCGUCUCACUUUCAGGCUGAGGAAGCCAGCGUUUGUCCACAGAUAGCUUUCCGGGACAUGUGGCCAGCAUGACUAAACCGCUUCUGGUGCAGUGGGACACCAUCACAGAAGCCAGAGCAUACAGAAAUGCCGUUUACCUUCCUACCACAGCAGUACCUAUUUAUCUACUCGCACUGGCGUGCUUUUAAACUGCUAGGUUGGCAGGAGCUGGGACAUAGCAAUGGGAGCUCACCCUGUCACAGGGAUUCGAACCGCCAACCUUCUGAUCAGCAAGCCCAAGAGGCUCAGUGGUUUAGACCACAGAGCCACCCAUGUCCUUUACCUUUUUGUUGUAUGACACAUCCUCAAUAUAAUAAAUAAUAAAAUUAAGAAAUUAUUUCUUAUUAUUUAUACUGUAGGGCAGUUUGUUAUUGUUACUAUGGUGUGUAUUUUUGUAAUUUUAUAUUGUAAACCACCCUGUGAUCCUUGGAUGAAGGGUGGUGUAGAAAUUUAAUAAGUAAUAAAAUAAUAAUAAUUAAUUGAUACAACUCCAUCCGCCAUCUCUUUUAUCUCAAAAGUUCAGGGUGGCAGGCAUCUUGUUGUUAAUCUUUAUUUAAUCAAUUGUUUAUUUCACUAUAGUGUAUAGUAUUUUGCCGAACUGAAAUCAUGCCAUUCUGAAUUUUGUCUCGUAGAAAGGUUUUGGCUAUAAAGGAAGCAAAUUUCAUCGUGUAAUCAAAGAUUUCAUGAUUCAAGGAGGUGACUUCACAGCUGGAGACGGCACUGGGGGUAAAGUUGCUUUCUUUUUAAAUGAAUUUUAUACAUAAAUAUAAAAGAUAUAGAACUAUGUAGUCCAACUGAUCCCAGUGACAAAGUCGAGGAAUGAUGUACAACAAUCAAACAAAUCUAGAAUAUAAAAUAAUCAUAAUUUUCUCAAAUUUAGAAAAACCAAAAUUGGUGCAUCUUUGGCCAAACUAACUGCUAUUUACUUAGUGGGCUCUAUGUCACUGACUGAUCAAUAAACAACCUUCCCGUGGCAUAUGUAAAUAGAUAAUUUUAUUGUGAUAUAAGCAUGGUUAAGGUUAAUUUACAGAAGAAAACACAAUUGAUCUGGGAUUUAAUAUGAGAAAAAUAUUUCUGUCUUGAUGCAGCUUCAAAGAAGCAGUUCUCUUUUUCCUUCCCAAAACCAUUUCCCCUGUAUAUAGAUAAGUUCAGCAUUGGUAGUUGGAAUUAGGUCCCACUGUGUUCAAUUCUCACCACACUUGAGUGGGAAUAAAUCCCAUUGACUAGGUCUUACUGCUACUUACUGCAGAUCCACAAUCAUUGCCUUAAUGGUGUUGAAUUUGAAUGUAAAAAUACAAAGUGAGGCAGAGAAUUGUCAUAUUCUGAUUCAGCAAAUAAAGCUUUCAGAACACAUUUAAAGACUAAUUUAGUACAAGAAGCAAGAAUUAAUUUCAUUUGUCUUGUUCUUGCAGAGGUGACUUAAAUGUAGAAGCAGACAUCUGCAUACAAAUCUCCUGUUCAGAUCUUGAAAUGUGUGUCAAGUUGGGCAAGAGAUCUUUUUGUGUGCUGUUGGGUGGAAUGAGAAAUUAGACACAUUACAUGUAUAUGUUUAUUAAGCACUUGCAUGACUAGCAAUGUCAGGACAGCUUGUACAUAAAAUAUAGGGAUAGAAUAUACUACUUUACACUGUCCAAACCUAAAGCCACACUUUUUUGGGGGGCAAGAAUCUUCUCUUCUUCACUACUAUUUAAGGUAAAGCCUUAAACAGUAAAUACCCUUAAAGUACUGAAUUUUUUGUGCCUGCUAAUUAUUUAACUAAGACAGAUCCAUAAAUGAAUCAUCGCUGCACAGUAGAUAUUAGAUGACUAACUACUGUGGAGAAACUGCCACUGAUAUGGGAUGUGAGUAAAAGCAAGGUGCAAAGCAUGCUUUAUUUGGCUCCCUCCCUCCCUUUCUAGUCUGAAGUGUCUGGAGAAUUGUAGCAGCUCAAGAAUCUGCUGUAAAACCGCCUGCAGUUGCCUGUUGCACUGGUUUCCAGCACUUUUCUGAACCCAGUACUCAAGUGGAUGUAUGUAGAGCAGGAGAAGUUCUGGUAAUGCUGGCCCAAGGCAAAGGGAAAAUGGUGCCUCAUUCAUUUACAUGUACAAAAGCAAAGCAACAUUUGUGAGUCCUAUGAUGCAUCUAUGGACAGCAGCCUAGUUAGGGGGUGCAAGUUAGACAUUGUUUACUUCCCACCCCCAGCUGUUGCUUCCGGGAGCAGCUGCCUUCCUCUGCCUAAUGUUAGGGCCAGGCCUUGCUUCUGUCGGCUUUUCCACUGCCAGUUACCUGCUUGGCAGGUACGAUGAAUCCAUUCCCGCUCUUUCCCAUCUUAUACAUGAUCAGCUGUGCAUCAGCUUGCAGAUGCAUUCUCUUGAUCUUGGCCAGGGUGGUAUUAUAUCACCGUAGGGAACAGCACCCCCCCUGCCCUCCGAAAACCAUUUUUAUGGAAAUGUCUAGAAAGAGAUGCAAGCCGAUUCCUCCUAUUGCUAUAGUACGCAAGUUGCAGAUUCAGUGAACCUUCAUAAUUUGUUAGUGCUGGGGAAGGGGGGGUGCAUUAACACAGCCAGUGCCUAAUUACAUUGCAUGCUGGGAUUGCUCUUACUGUUGCAGUUAGCAUGAUUCCUGGUAGCUGAUUCAGCAGACUAUCUAAGAAGUUCCAUUUAGGUGCACUGGUGAGGUUGAGGCAGUUGAAGGUGUUCUGGAGAUUCAGGUGUUGGCCUAUAUCUUAAACCCUUUUAGGAAAAAAAAGUCUUAAACAAAAUAUUGUUUCUUCUGAACCUGAUGUCUUGUUUCCCAGGAAAGAGCAUCUAUGGAGAGACGUUUCCUGAUGAAAACUUUAAGCUGAAGCAUUAUGGUAUUGGAUGGGUCAGUAUGGCUAAUUCUGGCCCAGAUACCAAUGGUUCCCAGUUCUUCAUUUCUGUGACAAGGCCUGGAUGGUUAGAUGGAAAGCAUGUAGUGUUUGGGAAAGUCAUUGAUGGAAUGGUAGGUAAAAAAAAUAACUAUACUAGCUUUGUUCAUUAGUUGGAAGCAGUGGGUAUAGCAGAGAAUGGCUAACCUGUGGCCUGAGGGACACAUCCUCCCCCACAGUAGGUUUUUUGUGCCCCCAUUUAUAAUUAUUAUUUUUAAAAUAAACAUUUUUAAAAAAUAUUGCUCCCAUAGGUCCCCCACUGAGAUGCCAAAAGGACUUUUUUGGGGCCCUGCAAGGACUUGUAAAACCAGUCCAUUUGAAAUGUUUCUGAUUGAUGGGUACCCUGCAGUGACUGUGAUGUCACAACAUUUUUGUGAGGUUCCCCAAAAAUGUGUCCUUUAAAUUUUUUUAAAUGGCCAGGCUCACUUUGACAUGUGUCCUCCAGAGAUUUGAUCAUGGGUCUAUGUGACUCCUGGCUGGUUAGCCAUCUGUGGGGUAUGGAUUAAUGAUUGUUUUAAAAGCUUAUCUAGAAUUGUCUACAUGAGUUCUGGUGUAGCCUCUGCUUUAUAGGCCCUUAGCAAUUAUCUAACUAUUCUUAAUUAUGAUAUAUGUGUACACAUCACUAAAGUAGGGAAUGACAUCAUCAUCAUCACUGAUUUAUUCAGUGCUUUUUUUCUAAAAAAAGUUUAAGGGUACUCUCAUUUUGACUCAAGAAAAUCACCAAAUCGGGUAAAAGAAAUACAGUAAAUGGGAAAAAGUACAAAGAUUCACAAAAUGUUUAGGGGUAUGCGUACCUCUGUGUUGUCGUCCCCCCAAAAAAGCACUGGAUUUAUUAAUCACCUUGUACACAACUGUCUCCAGGUGGUGCACAGCAAGAACAAUUAAAAACAGAUUAUAAACAGCAAAUACAUUUAAAACAAAAUUAAAAUAUUAAUGCACAUCAGGUAGCUGGCUACUGGUAUUCAUGUUUUGGUAAACUUCAGGACAGACUGCUGUAAUUUGCUCUAUGUGGAGCUUCCUUGUGAAGGACUGUUCAGAAGCUGAAACUGGUUCAAAACAGAGUUUCCGGGUUAUUGGCUGCAGUCAGUUGCUGCAAACAUCUUGCUGGUGUUUCACUGGCUGUGAUCUGGCGCAAUUUAAAGUGCUGGUGCUUCCCUUUAAAGCCCUAGGCGGCACAGGGCUUGCAUAGCAAAAGGAACACUUGCCCCCUUUUCAGCUUGCCUGUGCGUUGAUGGAAUUUUCGGAUGCCCCCUCUGUGGUAAAGAGUGGUGGCCUAGGUAGUGGAAUUCCCUCUCCAGAGAGACUUGCCUGGAAGCCCACAUUAUCUUUUUAGCACCAGGUGAGGGUGUUUUUGUUUCCAGCUUUUAAAGUUUAAAUAUUGCUUUUAGAUGCUGCUCCGGUUUAUUAUUGUAUUUUAAUUUUUUAAAAAUGUAAAACUGAAAGCGUUGACGUGUGGGACAUAAAUGCUUAAAACAGUUUCUAGGGGAUGGGGCACAAAUGCAGGCUCUUGGUGCCCACAGAGGUCUCCCCCAGUGCCAACAAGGGUUCUGUUUCCUGCCUUGGCUGAAAUAAAGCCUGAAAGAUGGCUCUCUACUGUAGGCUUUUUUCAAGCCGAAUUGUGGUGUGUGGGGCGGUGUCUACAACUAUCUCCAGCUGUCACUUCCCAUUUCAAAAGCACCCCCAUGCCACAAUUAGGUUUCAAAGCAGCCUACUAUUUUCUAUCAGAAGCACAGAAGCAGACUGAUUGUGACCUUAGUGGGGAGAUACAGAGCAAAAAAAUAUAAGCAGAAGUUAAGAGAAAUCCCACAAAAUGUAAACUCAGCAGUACAUUUCACAUCUAUGUUGUGUUUGGCACCAGAGGUCAGUUUUUCUUCUUCUUUCAGUUAGUGGUGCACGCCAUAGAACUUCAGCCGGUAGAUGACGACGACCGUCCUCUUCAAGACUGUGUGAUUGUUAACAGUGGAAAAAUAGAUGUAAAAGAACCAUUUGUGGUUGAAGUAGAUGACUGGAGAAGUUGACGGCAACGUGAGCAAAGGAACUGCAAUGGUUUCUCCUCUGGCUAAAAGCAGGCAAGGAUAUCUGAAGAUUCUUUUGCAAGAGAACGUGGUAACUUCACAGGUAGCAUUGAAAUAUCUAGGUGCUAAAUCCAGAGGACUACUUGAUUGCCUUUCCAGGAAGUAGUUUUAUGGGGGGGAAACAUUAGGAAUGUAUUGACUUGAGUGGUUGAAGGCAAUAAUUUUCCUGCUCUUUGAUUAUUCACAUGCUACUUUUAUUAACAGCUCGCCCUCAUUUUUUGGUCAUGCGAGUCUACCACCUUAUGGAUAGAUCUGCUUAUAGGGUUUUAUAAAAUAUCUCAUCCUGGAAACACUAAAGCACUUAGUAGUUUGUGGCGAAUGGAAAACACACUCCUUCAGCCUGCUCCUCUAAAACAUGUUCUCUGCUUCAAGCACCUGACACAGUUCUCUUUUCAUAUAAAGAAUAUUUGAGACUCUUCUUUCCAUUCCUUUUUAUAACAGGGGUUUCCUGCAUCAAUGAUGGACAGGUGUGCAGGUCCUAUGGCAUGUAUGAUGAAUUUAAAUUUGUUCAAAUUCAAUAUAUGCAGAAUGUGAGCGUAUUACUGUUGCAAAUAAGUCUAUACCCACUGUUGUGUAUUGAUAUUUUAUACAUACAUUAAACUUCUGCUAAAAAGCUAUUCUUGUUUUCUGAACAUAUUGCCCUGUUUGCCACGCAACAGUAUAAAGAUGUAAAAGUAUUUUCAUUCGCUGCAUUUGCAUGUAAUGCUAAACCUUGAUUAGCUACUUUGGGGAUGAAGUAGAAGGGGUUUGAGAAAAAUGCUGGGCUUGUGUGGUGCGCCCCUUGCUCUGCAGAGCAUUGGGACUUCUGAUGCAGGGUUACUUUCACUUUCAAAGACAUGUGGCUUAGUAUUAGUUAUGAAUCAGAUAUAAUAGUUUAAAUCCUGGUUUGGUAUACAGUCUGGGGCAUAAUCCAUAGCUUGAAGCUGUCCUGUUUAGAAAUUGACCACAAGCUGUGAUUCCUUCAUAAUUCUUAACACAACCACCGGACUAAUAGAGCAGCAAGCAUGGACAAAAGAAUUCAACUGAGUAGGUUGCUAUUAACAAACACUAGAAUUAGACCGGAAAUAGAUGCACAUCAAACGCUAACGUAUGCAAUGUAAUGCCAAUGUUUUAUUUUGGGUUCUGACAUCUUGUGAAACGUAAGCAUAUGGUUCACUUAGACAAUUGACCUCUGAAUAUUUAUUAGCUGAUUAUUUUUACCCAUCAUGUUCUGUCUGCUUCCUGCUACAUAAUGGUACAAGUUAAUUAACAUGGGAAAGUUAUGCUCACCAAACAGAGUGUAUUGGCUGAAAGCACAAGGUUUGUUGCCAGGGUCCUGAAGUAAAUUUAAGUAAUACUUAAGAUAAUAUAGAUAUGAUAUAAUCACAUCAGAAAUACUAAUAAUAAGCUUAGAUUACAUUUCAAGUUUAGGCAGUAAUUCUCUUAACAUUUUUUUCAGGUCUUGCCUGUGUAAUAAGUUGCCCUGUGUACCCACUGCCAGCAGUGGAUACUACACUGAGACAAAAGGCUUAGUGUAGUAAUUUAUUAUUUUAAAAAAUCAAUACAUGAUGAAAGUUGUUAGUGUAAUUCAGCUUAUGAAUGUCAGCUUUUAAAACAUUUGGAGUUGGGUAGACAGAUUCAACAGUAGCGUUUUCUCCAUUCAUAAAUUUAAAAGCAGCAAUAUUAGUGAUACACUAAAUUAAUUUUAAAAGGGGAAAUGUUCCAUCAUUAAAUAUCAUCUCCACUGUGACCACAUUCUGUUGUCUUAGGAGUUUUACUAAAAAUGUGCAGUUCCAGGAAGAGGAUGAGUUUAUUUCAGUUACUAUCCAUCCAAACCCAUUUUCUACCUGGGUUGUAGAUGAGGAUAAAACAAUCCGCGGAGAACACCUUCAAUAACUACGUUUGGAAAGUCAUCUGGAAAAAAAAGGAAAGAAGAAAAACUGCUUUCUUACAUAUGUCAAUACAAUAUAAAUGUUUUUGUAGAACUUAACAAGGCAAGGCCCAGUGUAAUUUAGGAUAUUGCAUCACCACCAUGUUUAUCCAUGCUCAGAAUUGUGCUAUUAGUAAUGCUGUUUCAGCACUAAACCCACUUUAGUGUAGCACUGGGCAUUGCCUGAAUGCACUGCCAGAUUUGUAGCUUAUUGAUUUAAAGGGAUGUUCUAAUACUUAAUGCUGCUAGGCUCCAGCUCUUUAUCUGAAUCUUUUCUCACAAGGAAGAUGGAUUACACUGGCAAUUCAAUUUCUAACAAAAUCUCAAUACACUUGAAGGAAUUCCAAGAUUUCUACUGGGAAUACUUCACAGCAGUUUUUCCAUUGUAGUUUACAGCACUGUUUAGUCCAAGUUGACUGGAAGAGCCUGAUGCCAUCACAUAAGCAUCCUUAAAGCAUCUAGUCAACGUAAAGGGACAGAUUCUUACAAUAAAGGAAUAGUAUUCCUAAAAACGAAGGAUGCUAAUCAUCAUCAUCAGAUAAGCUAACGGGAGGAGACUUGCAGAGAAGAGAAGAAAUGCAUAAAUGUGAUUAAAGCACAUUUAUUCUACAAGUCCAUGGCAUUUUCUCCAGUUUCGCGUUAACUCUAAACAGACAUAGACAAAGCAUUGUGAAGAAACUAAAUAUAGUAAGACUUAAGUAAUUUAUUUAACAAACACUGAUCCAUUAUUACUGUUCAGGGAUUUUGACUGCUGUAACUGUUCAACAUAAGCCAAACUUUUGUGGUGGUGGUGGUGUUGUACUACCCUUCAUCUAUAGAUCUCAGGGCAGUUCACAACAUAAAAUUACAAUACUAUUCAGCAGUUUUUAAAAUCAGCUCUUGGAAUUUCACAAACACUUGUCUGACCUGAAAAACUAGGGGCUGCCCCCUGCUUGCCAGCUCCCCUGCCAUUCCUCCCUACAUUAACCCCUUAGAAUUUAUUCCCACACCAUGAAACUGCUAAGAUCACUUUUGAAACUCUUUCUGAAGCCUUUUCUUCUACUUGACAGCCCUGCUUUGCAUUCAUUUUCACCUUCAUUGCCAUGUCCAUACUUCCUCCUCUUGUGCAAACCUCCUGCUGCACAUAAACCAUUUUCUGAGUAACUUCCUGCAUUUUCCUUCUCCCACACACUGCAGCUACUAAGCACCUUUUUUCACAUUCCGCCCAGUUUUGAAGUCACCAUCCUCUCCUAUACCUUUCAUGUCCUUGCUUCCAUCUUCACUCCCAUUUCCAUGCCUCCUAUGCCUUCCCUUUUUGGGACCACCCCCCCAUUACACUUUCACACAUUUUCCUAUACCCCUCCUUACUUUUCUCAACCUUAGCACACAGAUCACCCCCAUUUCCAUUCCUUCCCCCUCUUGCCUAAUUCUGCAGCCCCCUUUGGGCACACAUCCAUCCCAUAAUGAUAUAUGUUAUUGUAUCUUUAGGAUGCCGACAAUCUUAAGCGCAAGACUGUCAGUUAGCUUGUUCAGUUAGGGAAGGUAAAGUUCAUAUAUAGAUGGGUGUUUGCUUGUUAAAAAAAUAUCUGUUCUAAAUUACUACAUUGAAUCUGGAACUUCAGACAACACAUAGUUCCAGGAGUGAAAUACAUUGUGUGAAGGUACUCUGGAAUAUUUGAGGGCUCCAAAUCCUUUAUCUCUCUCACAUGAAGCAGCUGAGGAAUGGGAGAGAUAGAAACUUGAGUACAGCAAGAAGGGAGGAAUGCUGAAAGGGAAAAAGUGGCUGUUUUAAAUGACAGAAGUUUGAGUAAAGCAGGGGUGGAGAGACACUGAGAGGAAAGUGGUGGUUCUAAACAAGAGCAGAAAUCUGAGUAAAGGUGGUAUGGUGGAACACUUAAAACAAAGCACACCAAUUUUAAGGCGAAACAGCAGAGAUGGGUACAAAACAGAAACUAACAUCAAAAAACUAACACAACUGCCCUCCAAACUCCAUUCCCGCUGCACUCACAGCUUGUUUUAAACACCGGCUUCCCCCCACCUCUCUCAAACCUCUGCCAUAGUCUAUAAAUGUCAUGUUCUCAGUUUCCUCCAUCUCUGCUUUAAUCAAACAUUGGCGUUUUUUAAACCACCACUUUUCCUCUCUCAGUGUCUUUCCCUUCUCAGUCCCAUGUCAGGGGCACUGAUGUUGUGCCUUCACUUUUGCUCCUCUACUCUACCCUCACUUUUUACAAAUCCAGGAUUGUGAUACGGUACUGCAAACCAUCUAGUGGGGGCUAUGUGCAACAUUCUUACAUAUUUAUCAAACAGAAAGAAAACUGCUUAAGCUUACGAGUACCGAGGCUGCACCCAGCAGCAGUGCUCUGCACGCCUGCAUUGCUAAUUUGAAGAGCUGUGGAGUAAGAAUAUAGGGACACCCCAGCUUUCAUUGACUAUGGGGAUUGGGGUGUGUGGGUGAGGAUUCAGACUCCCAGCUAACCAAGCUGGUAGAUAAUUUGCAUGACCAUGUUAGCAGCAUUGACCAUUGGACCACCCUUGGGCUUAGCAACAAAAACACAAGAGUUGUCCAUCACAGUUGAAGUGUAACAUAGAUUGAACCAUUUUAAGAGUUAGCAAAACAUUUGGGCUGGGUAUAAAUAGAGAAGCAAAACUGGAAGCAAUUAGUUACAAAAGGCUGCUUCUGUGAAGAAUUAGACAUACGGUGACACUGACCUUUUCCAAUACAGGAUAGAUGUACUUGAUUUCUCCCAAGGAAAAUUAUGUUCUACUUCAUACAAUCUCACAAAUUAGCUUCAUCACAAUGCGAUACUGACGAGAAGUUGCUAAGAAUGUCAGAGGAUAUAAUCCAACCAACAUGCUGCCUCACUAAUAUUGUCCAAUGAAGAACUAUUGCAAUUAUAUUUUUUUUGCCUCAUAUAUUCAUUGCUCUUGGGUUGUUUGUGCUGAUUCCAUGCAGUCAGGAUAUAAGGAUAUCAGAUGCAGGAGUUCAGACAGUG